AUGGCUGAAAAUAUACCAGUGUUAGAAGGAUUUAUAUGUCCUAUGUGCAUGACCGAAUUUAAAGCACCAGAUGAUUUACAUAGACACUUUGAAGAAUUUCAUAAUGAUAAUUCAGAGUUUCUUAAAUCUUUUAAAGAUUUAAUUGACAAGGCUAAGAAGAAAAUUUUAAAACAAGAUGAAAUACCAGAAGAUUUUUCUUGUACAACAAAUGAAAAACAAAAGUUAGAAAUCAGUAGGGAACAACAAGAACCAGGUGUAAUUAAAUCGCACACAAUAUAUUUCAAAGAAAUAAGAUUCAAGAGAUUAGAACGUUAUGAAUCAGAAACAAACAAAUUAAAAAUAAGAUUGAAUAAACUAUUAAAUAACUUGCCAUCUGAUCCAGUCGAUAGAAAAAGACACGAGCAAUGUAUAGUGCCAUGGAUAGAUGAGACAGUUGUCAAUUUGUGUCCUACCUGUGCUAAAAAAUUUCAUGUUGCUAGAAGAAAACACCAUUGUAGACUUUGCGGAGCUAUCAUGUGUCAUAAUUGUACUUUUUAUUUGUCACUAUUAGAUGCUCGAAAAAUGACAAGCCCUGUUUCUAUACAAGGUGAUUCUGCUGUUCCUCCAACAUCCUCUCAAAAAGAUUUAUCAGAACGUGUAUUAAGCGCAGAUAUGGGACUUACGAAAUUGGCAAGAUCCCCAUCAAGCGGUAGCUUGAAUAGUGUUUUAGCUUUAAUCAAUGAUUCUAAUACAGAACAUCACUUCAAGAUCUGUACGCAUUGUAUGAAUGUACUUGAUGCUAAAGAAAGGCAGAAAGAAAAACAAUUUCAUAAACCAAUAGUAUGUCAAUUUUAUCAAAAAAUGAAAUCACACAUGGAAGAAACUAUACAGAUACUAGCAAUGUAUAAUAAAAUGAGCGAAUCUUUGAGAGAAGGAGAGUCUACUUAUGAUUUACAAGAUGCUCAAACAUUACGUCUUAAGAUUGCAAAAUUAGGCGAGAAUAUAGAUACAAUUAGUAAAACAAUUUUAGUUCUUGGUACAAGAGAUGUGGAAAAUUCGCCUCAAGGGCAAGAACUUAGAUUGCAUCAAAUGGUUAGGGCGAGUGCAAUGAUAUUUUUAAAAGAACAGUUACUAUCGAUACAAUCGUUGCCUUCGAUAGAAGAAUAUACCGCAUUACAAGAAGAACGUCAAAAACGAAUAGAACGUAAGGCUAACUAUGAACAGAGAUUACAAAAACAGAAAUGGAAAUCGAAUGAACAUUAUAAGACAGACACGCGUAGUUUGGAAAGUGAUUCACUUGUAAAAGAAUGCCAACAACAAAUGGUUUUGGAAGAAGGUUGGAGUCCAUCUAAUAACACUCCUAUGAUGUCUUAUUCUAUGGAUCCAUUCAUUGAACAAAUGAGUAAUUUAAAAGCAUUUAUAAUACAAGCUGAAGCAGAUGGUAAAUAUGAUAUAGCAGCUACUCUAGAAAAUAAUCUUAAAGAUUUGCAAAGUCACUAUUUUACUACAAAGGAAAGUAAUGACACUGAAUAAUAAAGGAAAGCUACAACGUUCCUAAAACAAACUUUGAAGUAAUCCUCUGAUAUGUGAUAUGUGUUUUAUAUUUUCUUUUUUACAAGACACGAAUUGUUCCUUUCAUUAGUAAAGUAAAGUGUAUGUAAUAUGAAA